AUGGACUUUAGGAAACGAUUUACACAAUCGGAUGUUAAGAAAGAUAAGGCGGCAAUUGCUUAUCUGUUCCAAGCAAUACCGGAAGAUUGUAUUGCAAGUUGCAAGAUUGCAAAGGAAAUUUGGGAAAAUUUAAAGACAAGACACGUUGGUGUUGAUCGGGUACAAAAGGCUCCCUGGCAUACACUAAUGUUAGAAUUCGAAUUAAUGCAAAUGAAAGAUGAUGACAUUGUGGACUCUUUCUCCACAAAGAUAAACAAUGUUGUUACACGGGCAAGUGAAUUAGGGACAACACCGAGUCAACCGACUCUGGUACGCAAACUCCUAAAUGUCGUGCCAGAUAAGUUUACUCAGAUUGUCGCAUUCAUGGAACAAUACUCCGAUCUAGAAACAAUGACGCUAGAAAAAGUAGUCGGAAGGUUAAAGACUAAUGAAGAAAGGCUAAGGUUAAAGAAAGGAAGCCCAGGACAUAGCCAAGAUAAAUUGAUGUUUACACAUCAUGACAACAACUCAGGCAGAGGAAGACAGUUUGGAAACCGCGGGCAUGGCAGGUUCAACCAACCGCGUGAAAACUGGCAAGACAAUAAAGACAAGCAAAGCACUAAGAAUGAAGGAUCUUCAUACAGACCUAGAGGUGGAAAUUCCAGGAAUUGGAGGAAGUUUGGAAGGAACCAAACAGACACAAGUAAGAUUCAGUGCUUCAAGUGUCAAAAGUUCAGACAUUUUAAGAAAGACUGUCCCGAGAAAGAAGUCGUGCAAGAACACUCAAAUCUCUUCGAGGAAGACGAAGCACUCGUAUUGCUAAUGACAAUACAAGAAGAAAACUUGUUUAGGAAAAAGGUUAUGUUAAACGAAGAACGCUUAGAACCGGCAAGGUACACCACAGAAGAUGAAAGUCUAUAG